UCAGUAGUUGCGAUAGUGGCGGACCUAUUGACAUAUCGAUUAUGGUCCGCCUCUAACUAAAUUCUGGCGUCAGCUGUUGUUUUUUUCUGACAAACAAUCAUUUAAAACGUAUUUUAGCCACAAAUACUUAUCUUGACGUCACAUUUAUUAAAUAAACAAAAUGCCUAAAGUGCGCCGCAGUCGCAAGCCACCGCCAGAUGGCUGGGAACUCAUAGAACCCACUCUAGAGGAGCUCGAGCAAAAAAUGCGCGAAGCUGAAACCGAACCGCAUGAAGGAAAACGAAUCACAGAAUCCCUCUGGCCCAUAUUUAAGAUCCACCACCAGAAGACUCGCUACAUUUACGAUCUGUUCUACCGUAGAAAGGCCAUUAGCCGGGAACUGUACGACUACUGCCUGAAAGAGAAAAUCGCCGAUGGAAACUUGAUUGCCAAGUGGAAGAAAUCGGGUUACGAGAAUCUGUGCUGCCUGCGCUGCAUCCAAACCAGGGACACCAACUUCGGUACCAACUGCAUCUGCCGGGUGCCCAAAUCCAAGCUGGAAGAGGGUCGCAUCGUCGAGUGUGUCCAUUGCGGCUGCCGUGGAUGUUCCGGUUAAGCGCUAAAUUAGCUUAAGCCGGUUAAUCCCAACUGUCCAGGGAAUCCAUAGAAUGUAGGAAAUACCACAAAACAUGUAGCACCGUAGUUUCCAUUGUAGAAGCCAAUUUUUUUUUCUUCGCCUGACAGGUUUCGCUCUAGUUUGUAAAUACAUUUUAUAGAAAAAAAAAAGAAAAAGCCGAUGAAAUAAACGAUUCUGUGAAGUGACAAACUGGAAAAAGCGAAAUGCCGAUUUCCAUUGUCGAUGCUGUAAA